AAGCCGGAAGAAGAAGAAGCAGCUUCACCCAAACAACUACACUCGCACUGCCAAACGUUAGUACACAAACACACCGGGCCGGGAAGAACUUAUAUUACCCUGUAUUUUUGACGCCUUGAUACCGGGUCUAUUGAAAUAUGGCUAACAGGACAGUAAAAGAUGCCCAAUCUAUACAUGGCACCAAUCCUCAAUAUCUCGUUGAGAAGAUUAUUCGGACUAGAAUAUACGAUUCUCGAUACUGGAAAGAAGAAUGUUUUGCCCUUACAGCUGAACUGUUAGUCGAUAAAGCUAUGGAACUACGAAGUAUUGGGGGCGUUUAUGGUGGCAACAUAAAACCGACUCCUUUUUUGUGCCUUAUUUUGAAGAUGUUGCAGAUCCAGCCUGAAAAAGAUAUCAUCAUAGAAUUUAUAAAGCAAGAUGAAUUCAAAUAUGUCCGUGCACUUGGAGCAUUUUAUUUGAGAUUAGUGUAUGGAUCUCUGGAUUGUUAUAAAUACCUGGAACCUUUACUUAAUGACUACAGAAAACUUCGAAUUAUGGACAGAUCUGGUCAGUACCAGCUUUCACACAUGGAUGAAUUUAUUGAUGCACUCUUGAGAGAUGAACGAUAUUGUGAUAUUAUUCUACCAAGAAUGCAAAAAAGAUGGGUUCAUGAAGCCAACAAUGAAUUGGAGGGUAGAGUUUCUCUCUUGGAUGAUGACUUGCUUGAUGAUCUUGAGAGUGAGAGUGAAGAUGAAGAACUCCUGGCUCCACCCGCUCGGCCUCGAAAUGAAGCCAAUGAAACAUCCCGGCAAAAUGCUAGAGAGGAUAGACAUGGAAGAGGACAUUCCCCAUCAAGACGUUCUCCUGUGAGGGACAUUAGAAAUGAGCGGGAUAGAGAGAAAAGACAUCGCAGUAGAAGUCGAUCACGUGAAAGAGACCGUGGUAUGGACCGAGAUAGGGACAGAGGAAUGGAGAGGGAUAGAGGUAUGGAACGGGAUCGAGGAUUGGAGAGAAUGAUGGAAAGGGACCGCAUGGACAGAGAUAGGGGAAUGGAGCGUGACAGAGGAAUGGAUCGAGAUCGGGAUAGAAUGGAGAGGGAGAAGAAACGACACCGUAGUAGGUCAAGAGAACGACGUCACCGAUCUAGGUCACGCUCUCCAGGACACCAUCAUCGUGAGAGGGCUAGAGGAGAUAAGGAUCGGGAUCACAGACAUGGAGAUCGGGAAAAAGAGCGUGGAGAUAGAGAUCAUGGGAGAGAGAGAAAUAGAGACCGGGACAGAGAUCGUGACAGAGGUGAUCGUAAAGACAAGCACCACCGUAGUGGACGCAGUAAACGAGAUAUGUCUGGUAUGAGUAAGGAGGAUUUGGAGAUUGCAGAGGCCAAUGCCCUGAGAGCUCAACUUGGCCUGCCACCAUUGCGACCUUGAAAGGUCAAGGUUGACAGUAUGAGAAUUAUUGUAAUUAAAAAAAAUAACACAUACAGUAAGUGCAAUUCCAUUUUAAUUUGUUAAUAAUGAAGUCCCUUGAAACUUUUCCAGAUAUAAUGUAGUAGAAUUGUAAAAGAUAGUGAAAUUAUAAACUUUUUGUACCGAAUCAAAUUAUGUAGAAAUACCUUAUAAUUAGACAGGGUUUAUUAUUGAAUACUAGCUGGUAUAAGGGACUUUAGAAAUGAAGCAGUCUCAUGGAUAGUUUAUUGUUCUUUCUUCUGUUUUAGAGGACUUACUUUUCUAGUCAAAGAUAUAGAGAAUUAGCAAUCAAAAGGAAAUUGUAAACUUUUUUUUUAAUGGCACAGUGAGGUACUUUAGCUUAUGUGAAAAAAUGCAAACUUCUUAGGCUUGCAUAAAUAUUUUCUCAGAAUUAGUAAAAUUCUCAGAACUUCAAAAAUUUCAAAUUCUAAAGUAUUUCUCAGGUAUAUGUAUCUGUGGUAAAUGGUUUCGUGUAUAUGGUAUUCAAGAUGUCACUUUAUUUUUCACUGUACAGUAGAGCCUCAGUUCUCGACGAUAAUUCGUUCUUGAAGGAGCGUCGAAAUUCGAUUAUUUCGAGAACUGAAUCGAGUUUUCCCAUAAGAAAUAACUGAAAAUGGAUUAAUCCGUUCUUGACCAUCAGUUAUUACCCUAACCUUGCCUUUUUAUACAAUACAUUACAUGUAAAUUACAACUAAAUAAGUUAAAAGUUAAAUAAAUAUCAUGUUAAACGUAUAUUUAUAAUUUUAAAUGUAUAAUAUACAGUAUAAAAGAAAACUAGCCUGUGUCCAACUGAUUGUUGACCAAGCUCCAUAGGCUACCUAGGUAAAUAGUAAGUAGAACGUAGUGUAGUGGGUAGGCAUAAAACGUGUUGCUAACAUAAUAAAAACAUUGAAAAGCAAGUCUAAUUAUUACAGUAAAUUAAUAAACUAUUAAAAUUAAACCCAAUUUAUAUUUAUAAAAAACUUGCAAAAAUUUGCCUACAGUAAGUCGGCAUUUAAGGAUGUAAACAAACCAUAGCGCAGCCCUGGUGGUUUAUAUCGGGAGUAAAGUAGUAAAGAAACCAUAUCUCUAUAAGCCUAGAAACAUUUACAUUCGAUAUUAAUUUAUGGUAAAUCUUUUACAGGGUCGACUGCAAUACUGUAUACAAAAUCGCUUGAAAAUUAUCUUUCAGUAAAUGUAAUGUUAUGAUACUAACGAUUUUGUUUCAUAAAUGUCCUUAUAAAAAAGGUGCGUCUUUUACGGCAAAUUGUCCAAUAUCAGGGCUGAUUUCAAGCUUAUUGGACUUUGACAAUUAUUAUGGUACUGCAUGGUACAUAUAUACGUACGCAUAAGUAAAAGAAUCUUCUUAAUGUCUUUAAUUACUAUACCAUUACGUACCAGCAUCUCUUGAGUUUAAUAUCAAGCUAACCCCUUUUUUUUUUUUUUACGAGGAUGCUUAUAAACGAAGCAUACAGAUUGCGU